CUGCUGUUGCAGUUUGGCUUUUUUGCGGUCGCCGUCGGCUGCGAGAAUCGCGUGUGUUCCGUUUUUAGCCGUUUUAGCUAGUUUUGCGGUCGCUUUGACGCGGUUGCCGGCCAAUUUGAGCAAAGCCAACACAUCGUCGCGAUCUCCCUCGUUUUUCCCCUCUACAAAUUGCAAUACAUAUAAUUCGACGUACGUUCAACGAUUUUUUCUUUUUUUUUUUUUAAAGCGAAUACAAAUGUUAAAACAAGAGUGCACACAACAAAAUUAAUUAUUAACUUGCAUAUAUAUGUAUAUAUGUGUUUGCAAAACUGUGUAAAUGACAGCUAAAGAAACAGAUUCACAACGUAAACGCCAACGCCAACGCCAUCGCCUGUUGCAACAACAGCAGCAGCAACAGCAGCAACAACAGUUGCAAGUAUUCAAUGUGCGCACAGUGCAGUGCGCCACGCCCAACAACAAAAAGAAAAACAGCGCCCCGCCCAACAGCAGCAACAGCAGCAUAAAUAAAUAUGAUUAAGCUUAAGAAUAUAUAAAAAGAAAGUUCAAAUGAAAUAACGCAAUAUACGAAAAAGAAGCAGCGCAAAAAACAACAACAGCAGAAGCAACGGCGACGGCGACGAAGAAGAAGAAGAAAAAAUAUAAAUAAAUAAGUAAGAAGCAGCGACGCAACGACGUUGGCAGCGGGACGAAGGCAGCAGCAGAGAGCUGUGGGGAGUAGCUGGCAGCAAAGAAGCAGUCUGGCAAUUUGUGGGCAGUCUGACAGUCUGGCAACCUGCAAGCUGGAACGAGUGAAAGGCGAGAGUGAGAAGGCAGCAGCAGCACCAGCGGCAGCAGCAGCACGGACUGCAGGACAGACGGAGACGGAAGGAAGUGAGAGAUAGAGAGAAUCGAGCUCAAUUACGCCGCCAAACUGUCGUGUCAGCAACAACGUGAAAUGUGCAAUUCCUGGCUGCUGCUCAUAAUUGCGCUCACUGUUGUCUGCCUGUGGAACUCGCAACAAACCGAAACAUCCAAAUCAUGCCCAGCCGAGUGCAUCUGCUUGUCCCAGACUCAAGUGCUGUGUAACACGGGCGGACUCGAGCAGAUCCCGCUGCGUCAGCUGCCUGCGACAGUCGAGAAUUUGGCGCUGACCAAAAACAAUUUUCCGAUCAUCAAACCCGACUCGUUCGCCGGUCUGCGUGCGCUGAAGAAACUCUCGCUUGACGGCAACAACAUCACACGGAUCAAACAGUUUGCGUUUCGUGGUCUGCCACGUCUCUGGGAUUUAUCCAUACAACACACACCGCUGCAGACGGUGGCACAAUUCGCAUUUGCCGGCCUCCAGAAUCUGUCGACAAUACUGUUGAGUAACAAUCAGAUACAACGGAUCGAGGGCAAUGCGUUUGCGGGGACAUCGAACAUCAAGCUGAUAUUGUUGACCAACAAUCCGUUGAUACGGAUCGAAAGUUCGGCGUUCUCGAGUCUGACGAACGUUGGACACUUGAUAUUGCCAUCGGGUAUACGCAGCAUCGAGAAGGAUGCAUUCUUUGGCAUGGAUGCCGUGGGUUUGCUCAAAUUGGCGUACAUGGAUCUCAAGGAGAUCUCACCGUUCACAUUUCGUGGACUGUCCAAUGUGCUGAUACUCACGCUCCAAGAAUCCGAUCUCGGGGUGAUUUGUGCGGACGCAUUUACGGGUCUAACGCAGGUGGAUACGCUGCAGAUAUUGAACAAUAAAAUCGAUUCAAUUGAGGAGCUCAAUUUUACGUAUACGGCGGCGAUAAAGCAUUUAAAAUUCCACGGCAAUCAUGUGCUGGAAACCCCAAAUCCCAAUGCGAUCAUCGUCGAUGGGGUCGAUCAUCUGCAGUUGGAAAACAAUCAUUUCCCCUGCGGCUGUCACAUUCACACCCUCCUCGAUGGUCCGCUCGCCGAGGGGGCGCAUAACCUAAGUGUCUUUCUGCAGAAGAACUAUUGCAUCUCGCCGCUGGAGGUGAACGGACGUAAGAUGAGCGAACUGAAUAUCGAUGGCAUUGGCCGAUGUGCCGAUAUGCUGACCAAGGGCAAUCUGGGUUCAUCGUCUGCCUCAUUGGCGCUGGGCAUCAAUGCGAUGCUCCUCAUCGCAGUCGUCAGUUGUGUCGAAUGGUGGCGUUAUGCUCGUCUCUUGGCCUCGCGACUUGUUCAGCUCUUGAGUCACGGUCACAUCGCUUGGCGUCGACGUCGGAAACGUCGGCGACCCAAUUAAAUAUUAGCCGCAUCAUCAUCAACAAAAAAACAAAACAACCAAACAAACAAAAAAGAACAAACAACAACUCACAACAACAAACAGCAAAAGAUCAGUUUGUACUUUAAUCCAUACUCGCUUAAUAAGUAAGUAAGUAAGUUUCGCAAGCCCCUAAAAACAAAAAAAAAAACAAAAAAACAUAAAAAGUAACUGCGCUCUAUACUCUAAGAGAAUUUCCAUUAUCCUCAAGUACUUUCCUCGAAUGCAUUCCAAAAACAUUAGCAACAAUUCAUUAGCCUAAUCUAGACGUGUAAGUAGGCAUCGUAGAACAUUCACAUUUGAGGAUCAUCUGCCCUUAACUCUCAACCCACGUAGAUGUAAGUAGCUGUCGAGACUUCAGCACAUAACGAACUGAGUACCUAUCUUGAGUUUAGACUCAUUCUUUCAAUUUUAAAUACAAUUUGAUAUCAAAAUUUAUUUAAUAAUACAAUAUUAUAUUUUAUUUCAAUUGAAAAAGAAAACAAAAUGAGUUCAUAAAUGCUUUUCACAAGUUUAACUUUAUCGACUAAUGCUUCACAAUAAGAAGAAAAACUUGGAUUUGAGGAAAAUUUCGUAUACUACAAGUUUUACCGAAGUUCCCAAAUACUUCAU